UAACGCAAAAAUGAAAGACUUGCCACAAAAAUCAAAAACUCACCACAAAAAACUGUUAGUUGGCAAGUCUAAGAAUACAAAUUGUGUGUGGUGAAUAUUAUUGAAUUGACAGCGUCAAUUGUGUUUUGUUGUUUUUAUCAAUUUUGCUACAAUUGCGUGUGGUUGUGUGAAUGAAAAUAUAUUGAGAUCUUAAAAAAAAUGAUAACUACGUUGUGUGAAAAAUAUUAAUAAAUUAUUGCAAAGCAAAAUAUAUGGAAAUAUACAUAUAAAAACAUAUUGGCCACAAUUAAUAAUUGUCUGCCAGCAGCAAAUUGCUGGAGACACUAACAAAAUAUACACAUUGGUGCACUAACGAUUUGUUUUUGCAAAUUGCAAUAAAACGCAAUGCAACAACCGUCAUGGUCAUGGCUGCUGGUCUUCUACUGGCUAUUGGCGUUCCAACAACUAUGGUGUGUAAGUGAUGGCACACAUGUACAAGGAGUAUUCAAUACACAAGAAUUCUUCAAGUUCAUUGUCAAGUUUGGCUUCCAAAAGGCGGAGGCACACUCGCAACGUGAAUCUUUUGGCUAUAUCUAUGGCAACAUAACAUCGAAGGAUUCAUUUGCAACACCAGUAACACUGGUUGUACUGGACAAGGCAACUUUUGUGGAUUUCUACAGCAAUCGCACCUAUUACAAUCGUGAAAGUGCUUGCCAGCACAUGUUUAGACGGGUGCAAAUACUGGCUUAUGACUCUGCUUGCAAUACGCACGCAAAACGAGAUUUUUUGCGACGUGUGCCGUGUCCACAGGGCGAAUUGUGUGUAGAUGAAGAUGCACCUGGAAACGUUGUGCCUGGAAAUCAAUUCACUUAUGUUAUCAGUGAAGUACAACAGCCACGAUUUUGGUAUGUUGCAAUGGUGGCUUGUUUCCGCAAUCGAACAACCUGCAAAUGGCAUGCAUACGAUCCGAUGAAGUUUGGCAAUAAAACAAAAGUGAAAAUAACAUCAACAAGAACUUUGGCAGAUAUUUUUUCACAUACCUUGGAAUAUGAUAUUCAUGUGGUCAAUAAUCAUCCAAAUAAUUCGGCCACUCAUCCGUUAACCUAUCAAUUUUCAUACGACCAACAGAAUCUAUUGGAAAUGUAUUUAAUAUUUUUACUUGUUUACGUUAUACUACUGCCAGUCCAAAUUUAUGCAGUACGUCUACAAAAACACCCUGUAACAAAAUUGUUUACACUAAGUUUACUCAGCGAAUUUGUUAGUUUAACAAUGAUAACAGCGCAUCUGACCAAUUUCGCUCUAAAUGGUGUCGGUGAACCGAAUAUGCAAGCAGCUGGAGAUAUUUUAGAUAUUUUUAGUAGAACGACAUUUAUGCUAAUAUUACUCUUACUUGCCAAAGGUUGGGCAGUGACCCGCCAACAAAUCAGUCGAUCUGGCUGGAUUAUUCUUAUGAGCAUUUGGGUGCCAUAUUGUGCAUUUCACGUAUUACUUUAUAUAUGGGACAAGACGGAAGUGGAUAUUAUUUCCGACAUUGAUGAAUAUCAAACAUGGCCCGGUUGGAUUGUUCUCAUACUGCGCACUUCCUUUAUGAUGUGGUUCCUCUAUGAAUUGCGCAACACUAUGAAGUAUGAGCAUUCCACAAAAAAGUUGGACUUUCUGCUACAUUUAGGUGCAUCCAGUUUAGUUUGGUUUAUUUAUUUGCCAAUAGUGGCAAUAGUUGCAUUGCAAGUCAGUCCAAUGUGGCGAUACAAGCUUUUGCUGGGCAUAACAAAUUCAGCAGAUUGUUUGGCUUAUUGCGUUAUGACGGGUUUGCUGUGGCCGAAUCGCAGCGGACAAUAUUUAUUACUAGCAGGCUCUAGAUAUGCGGGCAUGGAUGAGCUAGAUGAAUUUAAUGAAGCGCCACAUAUAGUACGUGAACGUGAGCGACGUCACAACUCACAUGACACUGCCUCAAAUAAUCCUGUCACGUCACGUCAUGAAAUUGGACGUUUCAAUGGAGGCAAUGGACCUGCCGUAAAUAGUAUGGUGCUGUCCACCAGCAUACCACAAUCCUUAAACGGUGAUGGUUGUGUAGAUUUACUUGAAGCUGAAGACUUGGAUACCGAACUAUUAACUGAUUUAAAUAAGAAUAGUCAUAUAAUUGCAUAAAAGAAAAAAAAAACAAAUUUCAAAUCAGAUUGAGCGAAGAUUUGAUUAUAUCAUAAUUAAGAAAUAAUGUAGAAAUCGCUUUUAACGAAUUUUCAACGAGACAAAUUAGCAAAAUACGUUGUGUGAUAAAUGUGAUGUUAUGUUAUGC